AUGGCGGAGCUCUUGGUGGUGGGUUUGGCCAAGACGGUGGUGGAGGCGGCGCUGAGCAAGGUGAAGGUGGCGAUCGAAGAGGAGGCGAAACUGCGGGAGAGCGCGCGGGGAAAUAUGGUGCUCAUCACACUGGAGUUCGAGAUGAUCCACUCUUUCCUUGACGUCGCCACUGAGGAGCGCGUCAAGAACAAUCUGGUGAAGACCUGGGUGAGGCAGGUCCGUGAGCUCGCCUACGACCUCGAGGAUUGCAUCGAGUUUGUUGUUCAGCUCGACAACAAGUCCACCUGGUGUUUUCGAUUAUUCCCUUGCUGGCCUUCACCGCCACUGCCUCUGGACGUAGCUGUCGCAGAGAUCCAGCAGAUGAGAACCAGGGCUGAGGAGUUGAGCAGGAGUUACUUGCGCUACAGCCACAUCAUGGACACUGAUCCCAAGCUGUUCAAGCUGCAACAACAUGUGACGUCUGGCGAUGCUGCCGGCGCAGUAGCGCUCAACAUGCUCCUCAAGGCAAGGGAUGCCACGGAAAGGCAGCCAUGCUUUCGGGAUCUCGCGCAGUUGAUCACCAAGAAAGACGUCCAAGACCUUCAAGUUAUUUCCGUAUGGGAGACAGUCGAUGGCGACCUUGGUACAACAUCCAUCAUCAGCAAGGCGUACAAUGACCAAUCAUUCAUCCCAUACUUCACGUUCCGCGCGUGGGUGAAGCUCAUGCAUCCUUUCAAUCCCCGCGAGUUCAUCCGAAGCUUGGUGGCUCAGUUCUGCGCAAACUCUUGCAAAGAAUCAACCAUGGUAAGGAUGGAUGUAUUAACCAAGAUGGAGGGCACACAUGAAGAACUCGCCAAGGAGUUUGAGUAUCUAGUCAAAACUAAGAGAUACCUUAUCGUCUUGGAAGACCUGUCAAACAUGGUGGAGUGGCACGAUAUCAGGAUGUUUCUUCCUGACAUGAAGAAUGGCAGCUGCAUCAUCAUCUCCACACAGCGCUUCGAGAUAGCAAGCUUGUGCGUCGGACAUCCUUACCAGCUAACGGAACUGAAGCAGUUCUCGGAUGAGCACUCUGUCUGUGUCCUCUUCAAGGAGGGUUCUCAAGGCAACGGGCAUAGAGGUGUGGAACCAAUGGUGUCCGAAGUGAGCCGAAGCACCUCCUAUGAAAUACUCCCAUCUAAAAAGGAGGCAGCCUAUGACUGGAUGAAUAAUUCUCCACUUGUGGGACGUGAGCUAGAAAUGAAUGAUCUCCGUCAAUAUGUAACUAAGCCACUCCAAGGCCCUACAAAGGUUGUAUCUGUAUGGGGGAUGGCUGGCGUUGGGAAAUCAGCCCUUGUCCGAAACUUAUACCAUGACAAAAUGUAUGAACAUUUCAGUAGCUACAGUUGGGUGGAUGUAUCACAUCCCUUCAAUUUAAAUGACUUCUGUUGGAGCAUACUUUUUGAUACUCAUUCAGAAGAGGACCCCGUUGAAGAGUGUCGCAAGUUUCUAAACAAUCAGUGUCUCAUUGUUAUAGAUGAUCUCCGGACCAAGAGAGAAUGGGACAUGAUACAGGCAAACUUGUUAUCUCAACACUCUGUAAGUGUCAUCAUCGUCAUUACAUCAGAUGCAACAAUCGCCAGAUACUGUGCAUCCCAUGAAGAUCUUGCGUUUCAUGUCAAAAGUCUAGAACAUAAUGCUGCCAUUGAACUCUUCAAAGAGGUACAUCAGAAGAAUCAUUCAUCAUUUCUAGUGGAUCACAAAAAUGAGGACCUAAGAGAACUUGUUGUGAAGUGCGGGAGACUUCCCUAA